GCGCGUUACUGAAAUUGGGUUGCCUAGUAAGGAAUUUCGCUUCUGGCGGGUUAUGCCGUGUUCCAUUGCCACGAGGAACAUAUUAUGCCUCCUUGUCACUAGACGUCUGAACCUCAUGGUUGUUGCUCUUCAUCCAGCACAAAGUUCAGGACAUCGGUACCCUUUGGCAAUCAGGGUAGGACUUCAGAGCCUUGAACGCAGGCUCAUCCAUCAAUUGAAAACUCCAUGUCGGACUCUACUACAGCAUCACCUGCUGAGGCGGCGAGUCUCGGAUCCCAGGCAGAAAAAGGCAUGAUGUCUGAAAAGACAACCACCCAGCCGGAAGGAGUCAGCCAGCUGAGAGGCCUGGGUGCUGGUGAGCUCGAAAAUCGUGGUCCGCGAUGGCUACAAACUGUCCAGCACUACUCGAAUCUCUUGGACCGGAAACUCCACAUCGAGAGUCGUGGUAUCGAGCGUGUCUUGCCCACGGAACGUGAUGAGAACCUCAAUUAUCUUGACAUGAUGUUUCUCUGGUUUUCUUGCUCUGCCGUCAUUUCUACCGUCGCGACUGGCAUACUCGCCGGUCCCUCAUGGCUCGGCCUUAGCGUGACGAAUGGCUUCCUGGCGGUCUUUUUCGGCACAAGCCUGGGAGCUGCUUGUGCUGCGUUCAUGGGCACGUUCGGUCCACGACUUGGCCUGCGACAGAUCAUUCUCGCUCGAUUCUCCUUUGGCUGGUACGGAGGCAAGCUCGUUGCUCUGGUGAACGCCAUCACCGAGCUCGGGUGGUGCCUCGUCGGAGUGGUCAUUGGCGGUCAGAUUCUCAACUACAUCUCCGGAGGUUCAUGUCCGACUGUGGUGGGCAUCAUCAUUCUCUCCAUCCUUUCAUUCGUUAUUGCUGGUUUCGGUUACAACAUUGUCCACUUCUACGAGCGAUACGCCUUCAUCCCGGGAUUCAUUGCGACCAUCAUCCUCUGCGCCGUUGCCUCGAGACACUUUGAUUCUGGUGCACCGAACGUGUCCCACGGAGCGACCUUCUCGGGCAGUUUCUUGACAAUGAUCACGAUUUGCUUUGGCUCUGCUUCUGGAUUCUUGCCAAUUGCGUCUGACUACUACAUCACUUACCCUGCCACGACGCCGCGCUGGAAGACCUUCUCGCUGACCUGGGUCGGCAUCACCGUUCCCAUGGUCUUUUUCCAAUCAGUUGGCCUGGCCAUCGGUGGUUCUCUCGGCAGCACUCCGGAGUGGAUGGAGGUUUAUACUACCAAGGGCUAUGGUGCCCUCAUUGGCACUGCUCUCAAGCCUGUCCAUGGCUUUGGUACAUUCCUGAUGGUGGUAUUCUUCCUCGGACUCGUUGCAAACAAUAUUCCUAAUACCUACUCUGCGGGUUUGUCCAUUCAAGCUCUGACAACCUACUUUGCUAUCAUUCCGAGACUGUUUUGGACCCUGGUCGCGGUCCUGAUAUACGCCAUCUGCGGAAUUGCAGGCCGAGCUCAUCUCAUGACCAUCAUCUCCAACUUUUUGAGUGUGAUUGGGUACUGGACAAGUGCCUUGUUUAUGAUUGUUUUGCAAGAAGACCUCAUCUUCCGCAGAAAGACUGGCUACAAUGUCGAGAGUUACGCCGACAAAACGAAGCUACCCUGGGGUGCCGCGGCAGUUCUCAGUUUUCUACUAGGAAUCGUUGGCGCCGUACUCGGAAUGAACCAGACCUGGUACGUGGGAGUUAUUGCGAGACAAAUUGGCCAAAAGGGAGGGGAACUCGGGGUCAUCAUGGCCUUCAUCUUCACCGGUGUUUCGUAUGCCCCUCUUCGUUGGCUCGAGAGACGGUAUAGCGGCAAAUAGAGUCGCGCUGCGGAAUUUCUCGUUUAUUUAAUACACUACAUAGACCAGCCUGUUACGGCAGGAAAUUGUUAAUGCACUGCAGCA